AUGUUUGACGAUCAAGAUCUUGGGUUCUUUUCAAACUUUCUUGGAAUCUUUAUCUUUGUAUUGGUAAUAGCAUAUCACUAUGUUAUGGUUGAUCCAAAAUAUGAAGGCCAUUAAAUCUUCUAUGAGGAAUUUUUAUUGACUAUUAUUAUAUUAUCUACUCGUUUAGUGGAUCAUAAUGUUAUUAUCUUU